AUACUGCUGGGUUUUUAUUUGUGCUAUAUUUUUAGCGUACUGUUCAGGGAUAUUUUAACAGCUUAAACUGUCACUAUGUCACUUGUGUAAUGUGGACUGCUAAAGGUGUUGUAGGGUGUGUUAGAUGACACCAAACAAUACGGACUUGUAUUAAAGGAAAGAAGACUCAAAAAUUACCUGAAAUGUCGGGCGUGUAUGCACUCACCCCGAAAAAGUCGAAAGUUCCGAGGAAGAAGUUAAUCGUCGGUAUAAGUGUCUCUGUCGCCAUCGGAGUGGCUGUGGCCUUGACCGUGGGGCUGGUGCUUCACUUCAAGUUGAAGGACGACGGAGACACGCCGGCUCAGGUGCUGCGCGUGGAUUGUUACCCAGAGCUACGGAGAGACGCGGGGAAGAUGAGCACUAAUUCACGUGCAUGCCAGGAACGAGGGUGUGUCUGGCAAAAGCAGGACGAGCCCGGGGCGCCAUGGUGCUACUUCCCAGCUGGACACGGGUAUCACGUGAUCAGCGGCCCUGACCUUAAGGACAACGUGUACAGGCUGGAGCUGAGGCGCACGCCGUCCCCGCCCUUGUACAACACGACGGUGUACGAGGAGGUGGGGGUGGAGGUGGACAUGCAGACUGACAACAGGCUCAGGGUCAAGAUCUUCCCCACAAACGUGAGCAGAUGGGAAAUUCCACAAAUAGCCUUGGACAUUGAGGGGUCAAGGUUGGCGACCUCCACCAAAACGGCCCAGUAUGACGUCACGUUUUCAGAGAACCCGUUUGGCGUUGUGGUGACUAGGAAGUCAUCCGGUGCUGUUGUGUUCAACUCCAGCCAGCCUGGAUUAGUCCUGUCUGACCAGUUUCUCCAGCUGACCACACGACUGACCAAUGAGAACGUGUACGGUUUUGGUGAGCACAGGCACGAGAGCUUCAAACACGACAUGAGAUGGAGGCUGUGGUCAAUGUUUACACGGGACUCGGGUCCUAAUAGCGACUGGAACCUGUACGGCCAACAUCCGGUCUACAUGAACGUGGAAGACGACAAGAAGGCCAAUAUGGUGCUACUGAAGAACAGCAACGCUAUAGAGGUCCUGCUACAGCCACACCCUGACCCAGCCAUCACGUACAGGACAAUUGGGGGAGUCCUGGACUUCUACAUCUUCUUGGGGGAUUCCCCGGCAGAUGUUGUUAAACAUUACCUAAAGGCUAUCGGGCUACCUGUGUUCCCACCCUACUGGAGCCUGGGCUACCACCUGUGCAGGUGGGGCUACGCCAACAUUAGCGACAUGCAGAUGGUCAUCAACCGGACCAUGGAGGCCAAAAUUCCUUAUGAUGGCCAGUGGGCAGACGUCGAUACAUUCCACAAAUCUUAUGUCUUCACUUACGACACCAAGAAGUGGGCCAACUUUCCGGCCCUUGUGAGACAACUCAGGAAAGACAACAUGCACUUUGUGACUAUUGUGGUGAGUCUAUGGGAGUCACAACAUGCACUUUGUGACCAUUGUGGACCCAGGUAUAGGAUCGAACCAGACCGUGAUCGAUGA